AUGUUUUCUAAUCAAGUUGCGAUUUCUCAUUCUGAACCUGAUCAAGCCAAUUCAUCACAAACAGCUCACAUUCAAUCGAGAAUACGUCAUGAUAACCGUCAUACAAAAUGUGAAAAGAUUCUAGCAACGUGUCUAGCAACAGCACUAAUGCUCAUUACCAUAAGUCUCAUUGUAGUAGUACCGAUUAUCGCAAAUAAGAACUCACUUAAAUCAAUAUCUCAGACUAAAACGACCACGACAAGGUUAAACGACCGGAUCCAACCGACAACUUCAAUCAAAGAAUGGACAGCAGCAGCAAAACUAAACAUUAAUCGGAAUCGGCAUACUGCAACUGUAUUGCAAAAUGAACAACUAUUGAUCACCGGUGGGCACAGUCACAAAGGAGUUCUUCAUGAAUGUGAACUAUAUGAUCCAUCAAGAAAUCGAUGGACACUCGUUGCAAACAUGUCUGCCCCAAGGGAUUAUCACACUGCAUCUUUGUUAACUAAUGGUUUAGUCCUAGUGACUGGUCGCGAAAAUUCUGACGGAGUUCUUUCGACUGCUGAACUGUAUGAUGCGUCAACGAAUACAUGGACAAACACACAAAGCAUGACUCAUCAACGGUCCAAACACACAGCCACUGUACUCCAGGAUGGAAAGGUGCUCGUUGCAGGUGGCUGA